UAAAUUUUGUAGAACACCGGUUAGCUCAAUCUUAAUGGCAAGUGGAAGAAUUGUUGAUUAUUCGGGAAGUUCAGAUUCUGAUCUCGAUGAUGAGGAAGAAAGUAAGGAGAGUUGUUUAAAACGAAAAUUACCAUGUAGUGCAACACCUGAAAAAGAAAUGAAUAAUAAAAGGCGACACAGAGACCCACUUCCAUUGCCAGAUGACAUUAAAAACAUGUUUAAAGAAAAAGAAAUCUCUGUUGUUGACAAUCCUGAUUUUCAUGACGGACGCAUUCGAAGUUUCCCUCAUCUUGCUGGUAACUGGGCUACUCAUGUGUACAUUGAAGUGGAAAGAAACGAACACUUUGCAGAAAUACAGAGACUUCUACUUUUGGAACUGGAGCCAUUUGCAGAUUUCAAAGCAUUCUCUCAGCUUCAUAUUAGUUUGUCAAAGACAGUGCCAAUCCGUCAUCAUUGGAUUCAGCCUCUCACCGACAGUCUGUCAGUAAGUCUACAGGAUGCUGUCAGUACAUCGUGUGGGUUUUGUGCCAUAAAACUUUACACCAAUGAAGAAAAUACUCGAUCCUUUCUUUCUUUGCAAGUGACCAGUUCAACAGCUACGUUAUUUGACUAUAUAACCUAUGUGGAUAAAGCAUUUAAAGAUUUUAAUCUACCUCCAUUUUAUUCAGACCCAUCCUUCCAUGUGAGUAUUGCCUGGUCUUUAGGGGAUGUUAUAAAUGCCAUACCAGAAGAAAUCAUGCAGAAUUUACAGAAUCACUUGGACAAUUACCUUUGUGAACAUAUCAACAGUUUUGUCAUCUCCAUCACAGAAAUACAUUGUCAAAUUGGAAACAAACAUUUCACAUUUCCUCUAAAAUCAAAGAAAAGAUACUGAAAUAAUUUCAUUGAUAUGAAAAUACUGUUUGUUUUUUUUUAUAUCUCUUUAUUUUCAUUGAUAUAAUAAAUUAUUUUCAUAAUAAUU